CAAUUUCAAUUUCAAUAUAAUCACUGAGUGAUUUUACUUACAGUAGCACCGUCAAUUUUACAAUUAACUCGAAAUUUUAGAUAAAACGUAAAAUAAUGAAAUUUCGUUUCACAUUGGAGUUGAAGUAACAUAUUUAAAUAAUUUCAUCAUCAUGGAAGACGUGUUAGACGAAGUAGUUUCUUCGGAAGAUUUACAAAAAUUCGAAAAGAUUUUUCAUGAACAAUUACAUCAAGGUAAUAUAACGCCCAAAGCUCAAUUCGAAUACGCGUGGUGCUUGGUACGAAGCAAAUAUCCGACCGAUAUUAGAAAGGGCAUAUUACUUCUGAAAGAAUUAUUUAACUCUCAUUCAGAAGGCAAGCGUGACUACCUUUUCUACCUUGCUAUUGGCAACGCCAGAAUUAAGGAGUAUAAUAAGGCACUGCAUUAUGUUAAGUCAUUCCUUGAAAUUGAACCUGCUAACCAGCAGGUGUUGGCUCUUGAGCACCAAAUUAACAAGCGUAUGGAGAAGGAGGGUCUGAUGGGUAUGGCGGUGGCGGGCGGCGCAGUUCUCGCUAUAGGCGGUCUCGUCGGCCUCGGCAUAGCUCUCGCCUCUAGAAAAAAAUAGCAAUUGGCCUUCAUAAUGAAUGCUCUAGUUGGUGUUCAUUAUCUUCUGACGAAGAAGAAGAAUUUAAAAGAGGAUUAGUGGGAUUUUCCAUUUUCACAAGUUUAAGAAUUUUCACUCUGUACGCUAGAUUAUCCAAAGUGUAUGAAAAAGAGUAAAUACUUUUUACUCUAAAAAAAAGCUAUUUAGGUUAUAAUGUCUUAUUUAAAAAUUGUAGUGUAUUUAUUUUAUAAGAAUGAAUAUAGUUGAUAUAUGUCAUCCAA